AUGGAUAGUGGUAAUGAUAAAAUCAAUUCAAUUCCAUCAAAUAAAAAUAAUAAUAAAUUAAGAAAUCGAUCUGAUCUAACAUGUGUGGUAUGUCAAAAACCUGCAUCAGGCUACAAUUUCGCUCAAAUUUCAUGUGGUUCAUGCAAGGAAUUUUUUCGUCGAAAUGCUUUGUUGCCUAUAGGAAACUUCACAUGUAUUAAUAAAAAAGAAGUAUCAAUUAAUAAUCGAUGUAAAAUUCGAUAUGAUAUGAAACAGAAAUGUCAACAUUGUCGGUUACUUAAAUGUUUUGAAUCAGGUAUGCGUAAAGAUCAUUUAAUAACUCGAGAAGAAAAAUUAAGAAAAAAACAACUUAUUGAAGAAAAUCGUCGUCUUCGUUCAAAACAAAAUCAUAUAAAGUGUAAAUUAGAUAAUGUUAGUGUAAUAUGCACUUUAACUGAUAUCGAUCGAUUAUGUUUAUCACAUAUUAAAGAUUCUUAUAUUUCUGCUCUUCGUUCAACUUCAUUUACUUCAUCUUUAAUAACAUUUGAUGAGUCAUUAACUAAAACAUAUUCAUUUGUUGAUUUAAUAGAAAUAGAAAAAAAUAUUCCAAUUCGAAUAAUUAAUUUUCUGCGAUUAAUACCAGAAUUUGAAUCAUUAUGUGAAGAUGAUCGUUUAGCACUUGCUAAGUAUAAUAUUAUUCCAUUACUUUGUUUACAUGAUAUACUUGUAUUUGAUCGAAAAACUGAGUUACUUUAUAAUACUACGGAACUAACAACAUUAUCUUCAAAUGAUAAAAGUUUUGCUUAUCAUUAUAAAAGUUUAUGCUAUCUAUUUUAUGGUUAUGAAAGAAUGAAUAAUUAUAUAUCUUAUAUUCAUACAAUUAUUAAUUUAAUCGAUAAUGAUACAAUGAUUAUACAAUUACUUAUGCUUAUUUUAAUAUUUUUAAAAGGUACAACAGUUAAUGAUGAACAGCUAUGGUUAUUAUCUAAUCCACAGAAUGUAUUUAAUGCACAUUUAAAAUAUGUUGAUUUACUUUUUCGUUAUUUAAUGGAUAAAUUUUCAUUUGAUAUAGCAGUGAUUAAAAUGAUACGUUUAGUAGAAAAUAUAUUUAAAUUACAAGCAACUUCUCAAGAUUUUCAACAAACAAUAAAGAGAGAUGCAAGUACAGUAGAAAUACAUCCAUUAAUGAAAACAUUACUUGGUAUGACAUAA